UCCACUAUGGACAGAGCCAGCGUGGAGUGGCUGUCUGUCCGCCACAGACCCAGCUGACAUGGGGACGGUCAGAGCCACACAGCUGUGCUGGACGAUCCUCAGCCUCCUCCUACUCCAAGGCCACCACUCCCAGCCUACUCCUAGCCUUCAGGGAGCCUUCAGCAGCCAAAGUCUGACCACAGAGCCACUUUCUUCCAAUACAGCAGCUCCGGAGAAGGUCUCACAGGUCCUCGAGGCAGCCAAUAAAUCCGGGACACAGAACACGAGCACUGUGGAUGGUCACUCCCAUUUCCUGAAUGGGUCCCAGACACAGACGUACACACCAGGACUUGACACCUCUCAAAAUGUUCCUCCCACACCAACCACCGUCAGCCUGAGGACAAGGGAAGACUCGACCAUCCUGCCCAGCCCCACAUCAGAGACGGUGCUCACUGUGGCUGCAUUUGGUGUUAUCAGCUUCAUUGUCAUCCUGGUGGUUGUGGUGAUCAUCCUAGUGAGUGUGGUCAGUCUAAGGUUUAAGUGUCGGAAGAACAAGGAGUCAGAAGAUCCCCAGAAACCUGGGAGUUCAGGGUUAUCCGAAAGCUGCUCUACAGCUAAUGGGGAGAAAGAUAGCAUCACCCUGAUCUCCAUGAAGAAUAUCAACAUGAAUAACAGCAAAGGAUGCCCCACAGCAGAGAAGGUUCUUUAGAAGCAAUGUUGGGUCCCCAUGUGUCCAAGGAUGACGCAACUGCCCUGUGAUCGUAACGAGGAAGGCGAUGGGAUUGGUAGAGGCUAUGAAUCACACAUAAAUUAUUUUAUUAUUUCCCACUUCAAGAUCUACAGGACACUAGCAUUCCUCCAGAUCUAGGAGCAAGCUACCAAUAGGAGAGACUCCCAUAUGGGCAGCCAUUCUAGAAACGUAGCUUGCUCCUCCCACCUGCUCACAGUCACAGGAAGGAGUCGUCUGUAGAGCAAGAGCAAGGAAAAUGACAAAGUGGAGUGGCCCUUGCUAUUUUGCAUUAAAAUUAUUUUCUGGCUUGCA